AUGGGGGGGCGUAUGAGUAAGAAGACUCCUGGAACGCCGUCUAAUAUCAACCUUAAUGCUGAUAUGGUAACUCAACUGAGGUCAUAUGAAGCUGCCUGCAAGCUUGACUCAGAUUUGCAGUCAUUUGACACUCACCUUCAAGCUCGAACGAAUCAGGAAGUUGUCAAGGUAAUCUUAGACUGUAAGAAAGAUAUAUGGGAGAGUCAAGAACUGUUUGAGCUUGUUGAGGAGUAUUUCGAUAACAGCUUGAAGACUCUAGAUUUCUGCAACGCUUUAGACAAGUGCCUAAAGAGAGCUAGGGAUAGUCAGUUGCUUAUUCAUCUCGCUCUUCAAAGGUUUGAAGAAGAAUCUGUGUCGGGAGACAAUUGCUACGCAAGGACGCUAGAGGAGCUGAAGAAUUUUAAGGCUGUCGGUGAUCCUUUCACGGAAGAAUUCUUCCAAAUAUAUCAAUCUGUUUAUCAUCAGCAAGUACUCAUGCUUGAGAAGUUGCAAGUCAGAAAAGGCAAGCUUGAUAAGAAGCUGAAACAAAUUCGUACUUGGAAGAAGGUCUCGCUUAUCAUAUUUGUUGCCACGGUGGCUGCUGUGUUGAUCUGCUCCGUUGUAGCGGCAGCCGUUGCUUCGCCGCACGUUGCGGCUGCUCUAGCUGCUCUUACUGCUAUCCCAGUCGGUUCAAUGGGAAAGUGGAUUGAUUCCUUGAUGAAGAACUAUGAAAAUGCAUUGAAAGGACAUAAAGAAGUUACUAUCGCAUUGGAAGUUGGAUCCUAUGUAGCUAUAAAGGAUUUGGACAAUAUACGGAUUCUAGUUAACCGACUUGAAGUUGAGAUCGAAUCCUUAAAAACGAAUGUGGAUUUUGCCAUCGAGGAAGAAGAAGGGGUGAAGGUUGCAAUAGAGGAAAUCAAGAAGAAGUUGGGAGUUUUUAUGAAGAAUGUCGAAGAUUUAGGAGCUCAAGCUGAUACAUGUAGCCGUGACAUUAUAAGGGCAAGGACGGUGGUUCUUCAAAAAGUCGUUAAACUUCCCCACAAGUGA